AUGCCUCCUCUUGUGCCACGCAAACGUUUGCGUGAGUCGCCGCCACCCGGCCAAGGUAGAGCAACAAAAGCAGCUAAAGAGAACCCCGAUGCAUCACGGCGCAAAGCAACCCUCUACGACGACUUAGACGCAUCCGCGACACCUAAUUCGAACUCCGUUCUCCAUGGUUUUGAAAACGAUGACGAUGAUGGAAGCUCACUGACCUCUUUGUCGGAUGAUGAAUUUGAGGAUGUUGUGCCGCCGAAGAAACCGCAAGGCAACGACGAUGACUCCGAAGACGACGAGGACAUCGAAUUCGAGGAUGUUGCAGCACCGCUUGCAUCUUUACCAGACGCUCCAGUGACAUCUGGAGACUUAGAAUUGACACUUACGCGCGAUACACGGAUUUCACUCACAAACGCAUUCGACAGGAAGGGACCCUCGAAGCGUGAAAGAAAGGUUCGACAUGCCUCACACUGCGUUCAUGUUAUGCUACUUCUCUGGCACAACGCCACUAGAAAUUCAUGGCUUUGCGAUCCUGAAGUGCAGGCGACCGUGAUUUCUCAUCUAACCCCCAGACUCUGGGACGAGGUGGAUCGCUGGAGGCGUAACAGUGGCCUUGAAAAGAAGCCGCCACCUAAAAAGCCAACAAAGGAUAACACCAAACCAAAAGGCAAAGGCAAAAAGGUACCUGAUAGAAGAUCGCGCGACUGGGGUGUUGAAGCCGAGAGGCUAGAGCAAGGGGCUGUUGAUAUGAGCCAUGGAGAUCCCUUGUUCCGACUCAUGCAGUCACUCUCUGCUUGGUGGAAGCAGCGGUUCAGAAUCACGGCGCCGGGGCUUAGGAAAUGGGGAUACAUGUCUCUUGAACGACUGGAUCGUCUGACAAAGGCACAAAAAGCAGAACCUCAUAACCCGGAGCAAUUUGGCGAGAGGAUCUCAGACCUAGAAGGGUUGAGACAUUGCGCCCGAAUCUGUGAGGGUAGUCGAGACGUGGGCGCUCAACUGUUUACCGCUUUACUUCGUGGACUAGGUCUGGAAGCGCGUAUGGUCGCGAAUUUACCUUGCCUAGGUUUUGGGUGGAAUAAACUUGAAGAGGCCGAGCCGGAGAAGAGCGACAGCACGAACCAGACGAAGGCAACUCCAUAUAAAAAGACAGAAACGACCAAGAAAACAGCAGCUGCGACAAAAAAGCAACCCAAUAAGAGGACAGCACAGGCCGCCAAAAACACAACACGAAAAGCGAAAUCCAAACCCAAGGUCGCAAGCGAUUCGGAAGACUUGGAGCUCGAGUACAAGGACACCGACGACGAGUCAGUUGUGGAUAUGGAAGUUACGCCGAGGAAGAUAUCGACCAAGAAGUAUGAUGCGGAUAUGGAUUUCCCACAUUAUUGGACAGAAGUCUUGUCACCAGUCACCAAUAAGUAUCUGCCUGUUGACGCGAUUAUCAAGAAUGUGGUCGGGACGAACCGAGAUUUGAUAGAGUCUCUGGAACCUCGUGGAGCGAAAGCCGAUAAGGCACGACAGAUAAUGGCAUACAUUAUUGGGUAUUCGCAAGACGGCACCGCCAAGGACAUCACAGUCAGGUAUCUGAAGCGGAACAUGCUUCCUGGUCGUACAAAGGGAGUUAGAAUGAUGCCAGAAAAGGUCCCCGUCUACAACCGACAUGGAAAGAUUAAGCGAUAUGAUCAGUUUGACUGGUUCAAGACUGCGAUAUCCGGAUACCGUCGAGGCAGCAAGAAUCAUCCCAUUACUGAGAUCGACGAAGCCGAAGAAGCGACGGACUUGAAGCCUGCCAAGCCUGAAAAGAAGGAGGUCAAGGAAGGCCAAGAGACUUUGCAGUACUACAAGCAGUCAAAGGAGUUUGUACUCGAGCGCCACCUGAAGCGCGAGGAGGCUCUCAACCCCGAGGCAAAACCCGUAAAGGUCUUUAAAAACAAGGGCAAGGGCGGCAAGGUGGAGGAAGAAGACGUUUUCCUACGCAGUGAUGUCUUGAACGUCAAGAGUGCUGAGACUUGGCACAAGCAGGGCCGGGCGCCAAAGCCUGGGGAGCAACCGCUGAAGAGAGUUCCUUACCGCGCAGCUACCUUGAACCGCAAACGAGAGAUCAUGGAAGCAGAAGCUGCUACAGGAGCAAAGGUUCUGCAGGGCCUUUACAGUUGGGACCAAACAGAGUGGAUCAUUCCACCACCGAUCAAGGACGGAGUCAUUCCCAAGAACGAUUAUGGGAAUAUUGACUUGUUUGCCGAACAUAUGUGCCCCAAGGGAGCUGUACAUGUGCCCUUCCGUGGAGCGAUACGAGUAUGCAAAAAGCUUCAAAUCGACUAUGCAGAAGCUGUAGUUGACUUUGAGUUUGGACACCGCAUGGCUGUUCCCGUCAUUCAGGGCGUCGUCAUCGCCGAAGAGAACCACGAUAUGGUCAUGGUUGAACUCGAAAAGGACGAAGCAGAGCGCGCACGAAAAGAAGACGAGAAAAGACGAAAGAAGGCGCUGGCACAAUGGCGCCGCUUCCUUAUGGGUAUGCGCAUUGCAGAGCGAAUCAGACAGGAGUAUGGAGAGAUCACCGACGAUAUAUCUGUGUUUGGGCAUGCCAGGGACUCAGCCCAUUUGAAGAAGCCACCAUCGGUGCCGGAUGAGGAUAUGGCUGGCGGAUUUCUUCCAGAAGGCUACGAAGAAGAAUUGGAGGAGGACCAAGAAGCACCGACGCACCAUACUUCGAGCUUCUUUCCUGCGGUCGACGAAGACGACGAAGGUGAUGAUGGUCUCGUGAUGGAGCAUGAUGGGGUAGAUCAGCAGCGAGUAAUGGUCCAAAUGGACAUCGACGCUGAAGAAGCAGCACCCUUCAAAUCUCAGGCCGAAGCAGGGCAGGACCCUGAAUCCAAGGCAGAGUUGGAGCGUGAAAUGGAUCAAGACACGGAGCAAGAAGAGCCCAAGCUGGAACUAGAAUCGGAUGCAGAAUCUGAACAGCCGCGCACGAGCGCAAGAUCAAGAAAAGCAGCACCCAAGAAACAGACCAAAAAGGAGCGACAGCCACCUUUACGUGCGACCCGACGAUCGACACGAAGCGGACGCAAAGUUGUCUCAUAUGGCGAGGAUGUUGUGCAUAAUGACGAUGAGAUAGCAGAUUCCUAUGCCGAAUCUGAGGAUGACGAGUAG